GGUAGCUUUCCACUCCGGCAGAUCCCAUCGCCCCCUGCUCUGCUCAAGAAUACGCGGUGGACGGUGGCGGAACCGAACCGCUCGCUUCGCUACUCUUUUCUGUUUUCCCUCCUCACUCCCACUUCCACACUCUUACUAGUAGUAGUAGCAAGAUUUAGCUCGUGUCAGUACUGAUGCCUACUAUAACUACCCCACACCACGCGCCUUUCUUCUUUCCCCCUUCCCCGCGCGUUCCCACAAGCUAGCAUACGUGCUGCUCACCCUAGUCCUGUUGCUCCAACCAGAGAUCGGGCUUUCUAUAUAGCUUCGUUCGUACGCUCAUGAGCAGCGCGGCAGCCUUGUGCGAGGGGGAUAAUAAGCAAUGAAGCUGUACAUCACGGCGGCGGCGGUCGACGUUGACGACGUGACGAAGCCGAAGGCGGCGCCGCCAGUGGCGCGGCGCGGUUAUCGUUCGGUCCUUGUCACGGGGCUCCUGGCGGGCGUGCUCCUCUUCCGCGCCGCGCUCCUCGCCGUCGAGGCCGGCGCCUCCCUCUGCCCUUCCACCACCGGGUGCCUGGGCUGGAGGACGGGGUUCGCGCACUGGCUCUACGGCGGCGACGGCGACGCGACGGAGGAAUUCAUGAGAGAGUGGAAGAGGAGUCACACGGAAGCCAGCCUGUUGGAUCCCGUGGUGGUGGAAGCGGCACCGGAUUCAUUGGACGGCCUCAUGGCGGAGAUGGACACCAUUCUGGCGUCCUACGAUCGGCUUGACAUGGAAGCCUUGGUGGUCAAGAUAAUGGCCAUGCUGCUGAAGAUGGAUCGGAAGGUCAAGUCAUCAAGAAUCAAGACUCUAUUCAACCGGCACCUGGCAUCGCUCGGCAUCCCCAAGAGCAUGCACUGCCUCGCGCUGAGGCUGGCCGAGGAGUUCUCGGCGAACUCCGAGGCCCGGUCCCCCGUGCCGCUGCCGGAGCACGCCCCUCGCCUGACCGACGCCUCGUGCAUCCACGUCUGCCUCGUGACCGACAACGUUCUGGCGGCCGCCGUCGCCGUGGCGUCCGCUGUCAGGAGCUCGGCCGAUCCGUCGCGGCUGGUGUUCCACGUCGUCAGCGACAAGAAGAGCUACGUCCCGAUGCACUCGUGGUUCGCGCUGCACCCGGCUUCUCCGGCGGUCGUCGAGGUCAAGGGGCUCCACCAGUUCGACUGGCGCGAUGGCGACGCCAUCGCCUCUGUCAUGAGGACGAUCGAUGAGGUGCAGAGGAGCUCGCUGGAUUAUCAUCACUGCGAGUGUGAUGGGUCGGUUGGGACUGGAAGGGAGUACGGGAGGCUUGAAGCCUCCAAGCCAAGCACGUUUUCACUCCUCAACUAUCUCAGAAUCCAUCUCCCAGAGUUCUUCCCGGAGCUCGGGAGGAUGAUACUGCUCGACGACGACGUCGUGGUGCGCAAGGAUUUGGCCGGGCUAUGGGAGCAGGAGCUGCACGGGAACAUCAUGGGCGCCGUUGGCGCGCACCGUACCUCAGGUGCAGACGGAGACGGUGGCAUCUGCAUCGAAAGGACUCUCGGCGAACACCUGAACUUCUCGGACGCUGCGGUGACGUCAAUGGCGCCAUCGCUAGGCCUCCACGGUUCGCAGUGCGCGUGGUCUUGGGGCGUCAACAUCAUCGACCUCGAGGCUUGGCGAAGAACAAAUGUGACCAAAACGUAUCAGUUUUGGCUGCAAAAGAAUCGAGAGUCGGGGUUCAGGCUGUGGAAGAUGUCAUCGCUGCCGCCAGCUCUGCUAGCGUUCCACGGCCGGGUGCGAGCGGUUGAGCCGUUGUGGCAUCUGCCGGACCUUGGCUGGCACAUGCCGGACGCCGAACUGCUGCAGGUCUCCGCCGUCCUGCAUUUCAGCGGCCCGCGGAAGCCGUGGCUGGAGGUCGCCUUUCCGGAACUACGAGAUCUGUGGCUCGGACACCUGAACGUGUCUGACGGCUUCCUACGUGGCUGCAGUGUAGUCGAAUGACAAAAUGGAAAAGCACGAAUCGAGCUUGAAAAUGGGGAUAAGAACAGUAAUCAGGUGCAAGAACUGGGUGCGGAGCUGGGUCUAAGAGGAGAGGGAAGUAGGUGUUGCCUUCAGUCUCUCCUCGCGCUGGCUCUGCGACAUUUGCUGGUUUAGUGCCACUGAGCAGAAAUGCUCGCGGUGUAGAUAUGACUGGGAUAUUUAUUCGUUAUUUACUACUACUACAGAACAAAAGUUGCACCGUUGCGGCCACGCCACGCGAUAAAUUUGCUUGGCUCCAUAUGAUGAAAUCGUGUGGAACUCUGAUUGAUUUAGUGCUUUUUAUCAACCUCAGAUUGAGGGCCAUUUGAUUCGCAGGAUUGGAAAAACGCACGAUAGGAAGAAUGGGUCUUGGAAUGUCAUUUGCACUUAAUUUCUA